GCCGCCGCAGCCGGGAGCUGUGAGGGUCGCGGGCGAGCUCGGCAGCCGCGCCAUGGCCUCGGUGAGCUUUGAGGACGUGGCUGUGCACUUCACCCAGGAGGAGUGGGCUCUUCUGGACCCUUCCCAGAAGAGUCUGUACAGAGACGUGAUGCAGGAGACCUGCAGGAACCUCGCUGCCGUAGGACACAAAUGGGAAGACCAGAACCUUGAAGACCAUGAUAAAAAUCCUGGGAGAAAUCUGAGAAGUUGCCCGUUACUGACCAUCCGCAUGAGCAAAGGCGGUGACCAAGAUGGAGAAAACCUGACUUGGAAACCGACUCUCAGGACGAACAGGAUAAGUUCCGCUGGAUCCGCACCGUGUGAUCACAGUGUGUGGGGGAAGGCCCCUUCGUGUCACUCGUCCUCUGGUAAGCACGCCACACCUCACUCUCAGUGUAAUCCACAUGAGCGUGAGAAAUGUGUGACCAAGCAGUGUAACCCUGCUUCUCUGAUAACCUUUCACCGGUACAUGAGAACUCACGUUGUGAAUGGGACCUGUGAAUGUGAGGUAUGUUUAAAAUAUUUUGGUUUUCCAGGUACACUGGGACCGCCUCAGGAAACUCAGAGUGGAAAAAGUCCUCAUCGAUACAAAGAAUGUGCGACGGUCCCUGUUAGUGUUAGUUCACUGCGCACACAUGGAGGAGCUCGUGCUGUAAGAAAACGUUAUGACUGUAGUCAGUGUGGUAAAGUUCUGAGUUCUCACAGUUCACUCAGACGACAUGAAAGAAUUCACAUGGAGAAAAAACCGUUUAAGUGCAAGCAGUGCGGGAAAGCCUUUAGGUACCACAGUUACCUCCACCUGCAUGAAAGAAUCCAUACUGGCGAGAAGCCCUAUGAAUGCAGACAGUGCGGGAAAGCGUUUAUAUUUCCUGGCGCCUUGCAGGUACAUGAAAAAAUUCAUACUGGAGAAAAACGUCAUGAAUGUAAACAGUGCGGUAAAGCCUUUAGACGUCAUAGUGAUCUUCAAGUACAUGAAAAAAUUCACACUGGAGAGAAGCCCUACGUGUGUAAACAGUGCGGUCGAGCUUUUAGGCUUAACAGUCACCGUCAGAGACAUGAGCAAACUCAUACUGAAGACAGGCCCUUUAUAUGCAAACAGUGUGGCAGAUCUUACGAAUGCUACAGUAAGCUGCAGUUACACGAAAAAAUUCAUACUGGAGACAGAUCUUUUGAAUGUAAAGAAUGUGGCAAAGUUUUCGGAUGUUACAGUAAGCUGCAGUUACAUGAAAAAAUUCAUACUGGAGACAGACCCUUUGUAUGUAAAGAAUGCGGUAAAGCCUUUAUAUGUCACGGUCAUCUCCAGAGGCAUGAGACAACCCACACUGGAGAGAAACCCUAUGGAUGUAAACACUGUGGCAAAGCCUUCAGUCGCAACGGGCAUCUUAAAAGACAUGAAAGAACUCACAAGCAAAUGUCUGCAUGCCCCAGAGAAUAAUAAUUCGCCAAAGUCCAGCUAGGCAAACCAACAGCUGUA